ACUCCCUCCGCCCCGCCGCCUUAAAAACCCGCUCGGAUCGGCACGCACGCACCGUCCCGUCCCGUCCUGCCGCAGCGUCCCCGCACACCGUACCCGCGGCGCUCGGGCUCGCCGGGUGUCCCCGCCGGCCGGGCAGGAUGGUGGCGUGCGGCCUCGCCUGCUGGAGGUGCCGAUGGCUCCUGCCUCUGCUGCUGGGCCUCGCCAUCAUCAUGGGCAUCAUCGCCCUGGCGGGCAGGGGCUGGCUGGAGUCCGAGUCCGAGCCCUACGUGCAGCAAGCGUCACUCUGGGAGAGUUGCACACGCGGCGAGGAGGACCUCAACUGGAGUUGCGAGUCCCUCAUGGACUACGGAUGGGGGAGAGCAGCAGCUGCCACCUACCUUGUGGGCUUUGUGAUCCUGGUCAUUUGUUUUGCCCUUGCAGUCAUCGCGUUCUCAAUUGAGAUACUUCGCUUCAACUUCGUUCGAGGAAUUGGAGGCUUGCUCUUCGUUGUUGCUGCAUUCCAGAUCAUAGGCUUGGUCAUCUACCCAGUAAAAUUCACUGAAGAAAUUCCACUGAUAGGAGAUAACAUGUUCAGCUGGGCCUAUGGCUUCGGUUGGGCCAGCACUGUUGUUGUAAUAGGUUGUGCUUUCUUUUUCUGCUGUCUCCCCAACUGGGAAGAUGAAGUCCUGGGAAACAUCAAGCCUACCUAUUACUACUCCUCCCCAGAGAGAGCACCAUACUUAAAUUGAAAGAUUAAGUCCAAGUACAAUUGACUAUCGAAAUAACAGAGGAGUGCCCCUGCUGUAAAUUUGGUGUGAAUAUAGGAGACUGAAAAAAAUCUACCUUAUUUCUCCAGAGUAUUUCUUACUAGACCCGGUAAUAAAUUAGUAAAAACAUUGUCAUCAUUAAGCAAACAUUAAGCAAAUAGCUUUUACCUAAAGUGUUAUUUACAUAUUCUCAUGUCAAUUUUAUUUGGUUUACUUGCUCUUUCCUCUCCCAACUAAUGAGUCAUCCUUAUUUUAUUCAAACACUUACUUAUGAAUAAAGAUACAGUGUAGAAAGGAAGAGGAGGGAUUUUAAACAACACAGAGGGACUUGUAGGUUAUUUUGUUUUCACCUCUGACAAAAUUGCCUUAAAUGGAACUAGAAAAAAAAAACCUUCCAAAAAAUUCUUUUUCUACCAAAAUCAGUCCCAAGGAAGGAGCUUCCCUGAGACUAUCACAGUCACUGACUGUCUAAGAAUCUCUUCUUAUUGCGGUUACUGGACUAUUGUUGACUAUUAACCAUUUGAAUUAAGGGGAAAAUAAAAAUUUAUUUUCCACCCAUUGGUGCUGUUGGAUGAAGAUCUCUAAAGCAUAGAGCUGGUGUGUGUAUAACAGUGGCUAAUGUAAUGCUGGUAUGUUUGUGGCUGCUGCAGGACUUGUGACGGAGCUACAUACAAUUUUAAUUUACAUUGUCACAGAGAGUCAAACUUUUGGAUGUUGUACCACAUCAUAUUUUUACAUGAUUUUUGAGGGAUGCUGGUUUAGAAAAUACAAAUACCUUUGAGUAGUACAUACACUAUCCUUUGUCUACUUUUAAACUGCAGUGUUUUUAAUUAUCAGCUGUGCUUUGGAGGAAAAUCUUGGCAUAGGUGCUGAAAACUUCCAAAAGUUUCUGAAGCACACUGUAGGUACUCCAGAGCUUUGUAAACUUGAGACUGCUUUGUGAGUCACUAGGGAUAACAGGUAAAUACAGAAAAGCAGUUCUGUGAGCAAUUUGUGUAUGCAAACUUCAUACAGACACCCGUCUCGGAAAGUAAUUGGGCUGGCUCCUAGCUUGUGUUUCUGGAGACAGUGAUUCUGGAGACUUCUCUGUAUUGGUCAUGGAUCUGCAGCAGCUUACAUCAGGUUUAAUUAUGGUCUAUCUUUGCUGAGAGCUUUCUACAUCUUGGGAAGAAGAAUGAAGAGACUCAUUUGUGGAGCUCCUCUUGCAGCUAUGGGGGAAGUAGCUCUAGUAGAGACAGAUUCCGAGGGGGGUACAGAUAGAGUGGAAGGCAAAUGCUCUGUGUUACUCUGUAACGAGCAGCUGGGGAAUUGCUUCCUACUAUUGUGACUCAAGCACUUAGGAGAGGGUGUGUGGGUAUAUGUAUUCAUGCACAUGUACAAAAUCAAACUUACAAAGCAUUAACCAGCAUACUGUAAAGCUACAGCCAUUUAGAACUAAGCAUUUUCAAUGCCCAGUAUUUGUUGUGUAUAUACAGCUUUCCAUUUUAUAAUACCUAUUUUAAUUUGGUAAUUCUAUAUAUAUUUCGUAUGAUUCUGUUAUGGAAAAGCCAUGUGACUUCUGAAGGUCCCUUCCAGGCCUGUAUUUUAUAACUGUACAGAGCAUAAAUGUCUGCAGACUUCAGAACUGUGUUACAAGCUAAGUCAUUGCAUGUAUAAUCAACUGUAUUUAUGAUUCUUGGUGAAGAAGAGAAUCCUGUGAUUAAUGUGUCCCUCCCCCCUUUUCUGUACAGUACUGGCUGGUGGGGAAUACUGUGUUGACUUACCUGUAUCAUGAGUAAUGAUAGUACCUACUUGCCUAUUUCCUAGUGAAUUCAAAACACAGCAGAGAAUCCCAAGUAUGGAAAAUCCUUGCACAGCUAAAGCUGAGAAGGAGAAAAUACAUAAUAAAAUGGACACCCUUCCUAAUGAGAGGGAGGAUAGGUAAUAAGGUUUAACAUAAGAUGUCUUUUUUUUAUGUUUUUUUUUGUAAGCAUUGUCAUAACUUGUCAAAAAAGCACAAAUGUAAAAUAAACUUGGCUCUGAAUACACUGGGAGGGGUAGAAGCAUAACCAGCAUGUUACAUGUUUAAGAUAUUUGUGACAAAGCUAUUGCAUAUAGUCAUUAAUUACUCUCAAGUAAUACUCAUGUAUGUGGCAGUCCUUUCAAAUAUGGUGGCGUAAUUAAAACUGGUUUAACUGA